AUGGCAGACAAAUCAAGCUUGAAAGACUAUCGAGACGAUGUCACUUCAGACCGAGAUGAUAUUCCACUGAAGGAGACUGGAAGUGAAGACAGCGAUGAAGACGAAAAGCAAGAGUACCCCCCUAACUCGAAGCUUGUUCCGAUUUUGAUAGGGCUGUGUUUCCAGUCGUUCUGCAUUGCGCUGGACAACACUGUUCUUUCUACUGCCGUGCCAAAAAUCACCGAACAAUUUAAUUCCCUGGGCGAUAUUUCCUGGUACGCCAGUGCCUACCUCCUGACAACAUGCGCAGUCACUUUGCCUUUUGGCAAGAUCUAUACCUAUUAUUCGACAAAAUGGACAUACUUAAUUGCGCUCGCCCUAUUUGAAAUUGGGUCAUUGAUAUGCGCAGUAACACCAUCAUCGAAGGGGUUGAUUUUUGGACGCGCAAUCGCCGGUGUUGGAUCUGGUGGACUAUCACCCGGGGCUCUUCUUGUUCUUGCAAACAGCGUGCCCCUUCAUCGUCGCGCGCUCUAUUUUGGAAUAAUUGGGAGCACAAGUGGAAUUGCGACAAUCACAGGUCCAUUAUUGGGUGGAGUUCUGACGGACCAUGCCAGUUGGAGAUGGUGCUUCUGGAUCAAUUUGCCCUUUGGCGUCUUGACUGCAUUCGUCAUCAUGCUCUUCUUUGAAGACUCAAAAGGAACAACUAAGCCCAAGAUAAGCCGAUUGAAUCAACUGAAACGGAUGGAUCCACUUGGUGUUGCUGCUUUUGUUCCUGCUGUUGUUUCGCUGCUGCUGUGCUUGCAAUGGGGUGGCACUAAAUACCAUUGGGACGAUGUUCGCAUAAUAGUGCUUUUCAUUCUAUUUGGGGUGUUUGCCUCCAUAUGGGCGAUUAUUCAGGUUUGGAAGCAAGACGAUGCCACAGUACCACCCCGUCUUCUGAAGAACCGCAAUGUCCUCGGAGCAGUGGUCCACGCAACAUUCCUGGGCGGCUCAUUUUUUGUCUUUGGCUACUAUCUUCCAAUUUGGUUCCAGGCAGUCAAGGAGGAUACUGCUUCAGAGUCGGGAAUCAACAAUCUGCCGAUGGUUGUAUCCAUGAUUGUCUGCUCUGCACUGGGCGGAGUCCUCGUGAAUGUCGUUGGAUAUUAUACCCCACUCAUGUUCGCAGGGAGCGCUUUCUUGACAGUUGGUUCCGGCUUAUGCACCAGUCUGAACGUCGGCAGUGGGGUUCCACAGUGGGUUGGAUAUCAAGUCAUCCUAGGCAUUGGCGCAGGAGUUGGAUUUCAACAGUGCAUAAAUGCACUGCAGACCGUCCUCCCAUUGCAAGACAUACCGAUUGGUAUCGCCAUCAUCACUUUUGCGCAAAGCUUGAGUGGGGCCAUGUUUAUCUCAAUUGCUCAAACAGUGUUUGAGAAUCGCCUCGUCGCAAGUAUAACUGAACAUGCCCCGAAGGCCAAUCCGCAGGCCCUGAUAAAAGCAGGAGCCGCCCAUUUGGCAGAAAGGGUGCCGAAGGAAGUUCUUCCUUCUGUGCUCUACGCCUAUAACGUUGCCGUCACGCAGACAUUCUACGUAUCUGUUGCGGCUGCGAUACUGUCGUUUGUCGGAGCUGGCCUUACGGAAUGGAAGUCUAUGAAACGACGCCAGAAGAUUGAUUGUAAGGAUUGA